AUGAUGCAGUGGGUGCUACUUCUGUUCUUGCUCUUGCUGUGCCUUCAGUUAGGCUCCAGCCAGACGAACCCCCAAGAUGUUGCCGCACUUCAAGCACUGAUGAAGAAUUGGCGGAAUCAACCGCAAAGCUGGACAGGAUCCGAUCCCUGCAAACCCUGGGAUGGAAUUUCCUGUUCCAGCGGGAGAGUGACAGAAAUGAGAUUAUCGAGCAUGAAUGUUGCAGGUACAUUAAGCAAUGCCAUAGAUCAACUCUCCGCUUUGACGUAUCUGGAUCUGUCUAACAAUCCAAGUCUUGGAGGUUCACUUACCCCAAAUAUUGGAAAUCUGAAGCAGCUCAUCAUUCUGAAUUUACUUGGAUGCAGCUUCACUGGUAACAUCCCACAAGAGAUAGGCAACUUAAGACAGCUCACAUUCCUGGCCCUAAACAUGAAUCAAUUCACUGGCAGAAUACCCCCAGAACUUGGCCUUCUCACAAAUCUCUCUUGGUUGGACUUGUCGGCCAAUCAAUUGUCAGGACAAAUCCCAGUUUCGAGAGGUUCAGACCCGGGGUUGGAUAAACUUGUCGCCACAAAGCAUUUCCAUUUUAGCGAGAACCAGUUGACAGGCCCAAUGGACAGAAAACUUUUCAAUGCCAAUAUGAACCUCGUACAUGUCCUAUUUGACAACAAUAAACUUGAUGGACCAAUCCCCCCAUCCCUUGGGCUUGUCAAAACACUUCAAAUUAUCCGACUAGACCAUAACCAAUUCAAAGGUGUGGUACCUGAUAGUAUCGGUAACCUGACUAGCCUGAUGGAACUGAGCUUAGCAAGUAACCAAUUGAGCGGGGCAGUGCCAGACCUCACCAAUGCAACUAAUCUCACUUAUGUGGACAUGAGCAACAAUGCUUUUGCAAGCUCAGGAGCACCAAGAUGGUUUUCGACGUCGACGGCCCUGAACACCUUAUUUAUGGAUGGUAAUGGCCUUAAUGGGACAAUACCCAACGCUCUUUUCAGCCUCCCACAGAUGCAGAGAAUAUCACUAGCUAAGAAUACUCUUGGAGGCUCACUGACUAUGACUGGUAAAAUCAGCUCAAAACUGCGGGUUGUUAAUUUGACAAAUAAUCAAAUAAUCGAUACUAAUAACGUUGACCCAAGCUACACUGGUAGCCUAAUACUAACAGGGAAUCCUGCAUGCUUAGAAAAUAUCAAUUUCUGCACACUCAAGGAAAAACGGCAAGUGGCAUACUCUACUAGCCCAGGCCCCUGUGGUGCUAUUUCCUGCCCCAUUGGUCAGUUACCAAAUCCAGAAACUUCACAGAACUGCGCUUGCACUACCCCCUUCGAGGGUGUGAUGAACUUCCAAGCACCUGCCUUCUCUGACAUGACAAGCCCCGAGCCAUUCCAACAAUUGGAGUCGACGCUUAUACAGAACCUUAGCCUAGCUCCAAGAUCAGUUGCACUUUCCGAAGUUGACUUCAGCCCAGGAGCUCCUCUAAAAUUCAGAUUGAAGUUUUUUCCAGUCAGUGAAAUGGGCUUCAAUCGCUCAGAAGUUAUAAGAAUCAGUUCUGCUUUGGCCAACCAAAUUUAUAAAGCUCCAACUCAAUUUGGACCAUAUUACUUCACAGCAAUCCCAUACUUUGCAAUCCCAAGCGGUAAAAAAUCCUCAAUGCGCAAAGGUGUAAUAAUUGGAAUAGCAAUUGCUGGCUUUGUCCUUAUUGUCGGUCUUGUUCUGGUAGCAAUAUAUGCUCUACGGCAGAAGAAAAUAGCCAAGGAGGCAGUAGAGCGGACUACCAAUCCAUUUGCAUCAUGGGGAGCAGGUGGUAAAGAUAACGGAGACGUACCACAAUUGAAAGGAGCAAGAUAUUUUGUAUUUGAGGAACUGAAGAAAUGCACCAAUAAUUUCUCAGAAACUCAUGAGAUAGGAUCUGGAGGAUAUGGAAAGGUUUACAAAGGAAAGAUUGCAAAUGGACAAAUAGCUGCAAUAAAACGCGCACAGCAAGGAUCCAUGCAAGGUGCAGCUGAGUUCAAGAAUGAGAUUGAACUCCUGUCCAGAGUGCAUCACAAGAACCUAGUGAGCUUAGUAGGUUUCUGCUAUGAACAAGGGGAGCAGAUGUUGGUUUAUGAGUAUAUUUCCAAUGGGACACUCAGGGACAACUUGAUGGGUAAAGGAGGGAUACAGUUGGAUUGGAUGAAGCGACUUAAGAUCGCAAUUGGGUCUGCUAAAGGCCUGGCAUACCUUCAUGAACUUGCUAAUCCACCAAUUAUUCACAGAGAUAUAAAAUCAACCAAUAUACUUUUGGACGAAAGUUUAACUGCAAAGGUAGCUGAUUUUGGUCUUUCGAAGCUAGUGUCUGACACACAAAAGGGACAUGUUUCUACCCAAGUGAAGGGAACAUUGGGUUAUUUGGAUCCUGAGUACUACAUGACUCAACAGCUCUCCGAGAAGAGUGAUGUCUAUAGCUUCGGAGUUGUCAUGCUAGAGCUAUUAACUUCCAGGCAGCCCAUAGAGAAGGGUAAGUACAUUGUGCGUGAGAUCAGGACCGCAAUAGACCAGUAUGAUCAAGAGUACUAUGGAUUGAAGAGCCUAAUUGAUCCAGCAAUCAGGGAUUCAGCUAAAUUAGUUGGCUUCAGGAGAUUCGUUCAAUUGGCUAUGGAAUGUGUAGAAGAAUCUGCUGCUGACCGCCCGACAAUGAAUGAUGUGGUCAAGGAACUUGAGACCAUUUUACAGAAUGAAGGGGGUCCGUUGUUAAAUUCAGCAUCUUCGUCAACUGAACAUUUUGGAGAUGCAACAGGUAGAGGCCAAGAGGAACACUCUCCUAUGAAAGAUGACAGCAGCAGCAGCAGUGCUUUUGAUUACAAUAGUGUAUAUUCAUACUCAGCUGUUGAACCAAAGUAG